AUGAUUGUUUCACUGCGGACGGCAUUUCUUCCUUGUUUGAGAAUUGCCAAAUAUAUCGGGCGCCGUACGCUCGUUCGUGCGGCACUGACCUUGAACACCAUGUCGUGGCUAGAACUUGACCCCAACCCCGCCACCCGGGCAGAAAUCGAAAAGCUUGAAGCUGCCGGCAAUUCUAGCGCCAUUGACAGCCUUAUGCUGCCGCGGAUUGCCUUUGGCACCGCCGGGUUGCGCCUGGAGAUGGCCCCCGGAUUCGCCAACAUGAAUGAUGUUACCGUGCUUCAGGCGAGUCAAGGGCUUGUUGACUACGUCAAACAAGGUCCUAUUGUUGUUGGCUUUGACCAUCGCCACCACUCGCGUCGGUUUGCCGAGAUUACCGCCGCCGUUGUACUUAGCCGCGGCUUCGAUGUCUACUACCUCGCCACCACUGGCGAUGUUGGCGCCGAAACCGUGGCGGUGGAACUGAACCAGCCUCCCAAACAUCCUUACAGUCAAGGGGGAGUGGUUGACGCUCACGUGGGUGGCAGAUUCAGCCACACGCCGUUGGUUCCCUUCACCAUUGAUCGCGUCCACGCUACUGCAGGGGUGAUGGUCACUGCCAGUCACAAUCCGGCUAAAGACAACGGUUACAAGGUCUACUACGGCAACGGGUGUCAGAUUAUCCCUCCGGUGGACGCGGAAAUUGCGGCGCUGAUCGAUGCCAACCUUAAACCGUGGUCGGACGCUAAAGUCAGCCAAACGCUUGCUGAGGGUCUUAAACUGGGAAAAUUGAAGCCGUGCUUGGACGAAAUGCAACAAAAGUAUAUUGAAAAGCUCCUGCAACUGGUGACGAUGCCGUCGCUCGGGUUUGACUUCGUCUAUACCCCCAUGCACGGGGUGGGGCUCGACAUCGUGGCGCAGGCGCUCCCUCGCUACUUCACCGACUAUAAGAUGCACGUGGUUGAUGCCCAGGCUCAGCCGGACCCUCAAUUCCCCACAGUGGCGUUCCCUAACCCCGAAGAACGCGGAGCUUUGGAUUUGGCUUCUAAGGUAGCUUCCGAAAAUGGAGUGAAGUUGGUGAUUGCUAAUGACCCUGACGCCGACCGCUUUCUGGCGGCUAUCCUUACUGGUAACGGCUGGCGCCAGUUGACUGGUAACGAGAUCGGCUUCUUGUUCGCCAUGUACAUUGUCGAGACCACCAAGACCGACCUCAAAAAGUUGUACAUGGUGAAUCUGACGGUGCUGUCACAAAUUUUAAAGGCGAUGGCGGUGGUGGACGGGUUCCACUACGUUGACACUUUGACGGGGUUCAAGUGGAUUGGCAACAAGGCUAUCGACCUUGAGAAGGAAGGCUACACCGUUCCCUUUGGCUACGAAGAAGCUAUCGGGUUCAUGUUUGCCACCGCUCACGACAAGGACGGGGUUGCCGCUGCCACCGUUUUUCUCCAGCUCUACAAGCACUUUAACCACGACCUCGAGGCGGCGUUGGCUAAGGGCUAUGCUCGCUAUGGCUACUUCCAAGAAUAUAAUGGCUACUACCGCGUACCGCGUCUCACCCUCACCAACGAGGUGUUCACCGCCAUCCGUCAACUGAGACAGCCGUUGGACCCCAUCGGCGACUUCAAGACUAAGUCGUACCGCGACUUGACGACGGGCUACCAGCUGGACACCCCCGACCACAAGCCGAACCUCCCCGUGGACCCGCAUCUGCAGAUGAUCACGAUGGUGCUUGAAGACCCCGCCACCGGCCACGAAGUCCGCUUCACUGCUCGCGGGCUGGGCACCGAGCCUAAGAUUAAGAUUUACUGUGAGGGUAAAGCGGACUCGGAACUGGCGGCUAAGGCGCUCGCGAAGAAGUGCUGGGACACGUUGCGGGAGGCGUGGUUCAAGCCUGAGGAGCACGACAUGACGGAAGUGGCGUGA